AUGCAGGCUCUGGGGCCAGCACAGCUGAUGUGUGGGCGGUUUCCGCAGCACCGUAGUCGCAAUGCCCCUCAGACUGUAAAAUCUGGUCAAAACUCUGUUCGUCGCAGCAAUAUUGGUAAAACAGUAUUUUAUCCGAAGCUGCGUUAUCUCCUUCACAACAGCAACUACAAACGAAAUGUCAAAACGUGGUUUCAGAAUCGCAGAGCCAAAUGGAGGCGGCUAAAGCAGGAGAACCCCCAGGCCACCAAAAAAGAAGUGGAAGGUGCCGACAGUCACAGUGACCAAAGGCCGGAGAGUUGCCCGACCCCGGAGCAGAAGGGUAAGGAGGUCUCCCUGGACGGCUCACAGUACACCCCCUCGCCGGCCUCACAGGAGGACCUGGAGUCAGAUGUCUCCGACGACUCUGAUCAAGAAGUGGACAUUGAAGGCGAUAAAGGCUAUUACAAUCCCACCCACUAA